AUGUCCUACGGCAAGUACAACUGGAAAGAAACCCAGCCCGGGCGCUUGGAACGCGCGACGGACGAGAUUGAGCACUUCUACUUCUCCCUCGCCAAACUUUACGAAGGUAGUGGACGUAUGUUUUUCGCCAUGACCGGACAUGUCAUCCUCAAAGCCAAACCUAUCCCCGAUCUUCCAAUCGACGAGGCUGAACGACGGCUCGACGCCGCCUUGAAGAACGCUUGGCUCGCUCUCCGGUUCGACCAUCCUACGAUAGCAUCCCAAGUAUUUUUGGACAGUAGCGCGACCUCCUCCACAAAAGUCUAUCAAUCCCCGCAAAACUCCUCAGAUCUAGAUGCCUGGGUCACAGAAACUCUUGUAUCAGUCCCGAACAAUAUAACCGGCGAGGAGUGGGCAAACUCCGACCCUCCUGCUCCUCUAGUGCCCAAGUUAUUUGUUCUGAGACCUAUUACGUCGGAGCUUAGGCGGGAUCUAGUACUCCGGUCUCCCCACGAGAUCUUGGACGGUAUCGGAACGCUUCAAAUGCUCAACAAUCUCAUUCGUCAUGUCGCGAACGCAUACGAUAAGGGCCACGGAGCCGAAUCGAUCUCCGAUUUGGGCUCAGAGGUCAAGAACCUCAGCCCCCCUUAUCGAGUGGCUGCCAACGUGCCCGUGGAGCUGACUCCCACGCAGAAGCAGCGAAUCCAGGAGAUAAAUGAGCAGAAAGCAGCGGCGUCGAAGGGCAGUGAGUCCGUCCCCGUUCUUAACAUCCCGUAUAAAAUCGGGAAGACGCGCCCGGGACGUCACCAACGGGUCAGCCUUUGGCUGUCCGAGGAACAGACUGCAGCUCUUGUGGCAUCCUGCAAAGCCAUCGGGGCUACCGUUACCCACGCAUUCCACGCCGCCAUCGCCAUGGCCGUCCGCGAUCUCCAGAAGCCGCCGGUCACCAACUCGCCUGUUGGGCAAUACGUAAACUACAUUCUCCGAAACGAACGCACGAGCUGCGUCGAGCCAUACGGUUCAACAGCACAUCCCGUCACCGUCUACCACUCGGUUUCGGGGCAAGCUCUGGUGAUCGACCUGGAUCUCUCCGUCGCCGAAAAGUCAGGGGCUCGCGAGCGGUCAGAUGUGGCGUUGGAAUUCGCGGGUAUCCUACGUAAAAUACGCGACUUCUAUCACAACGUGCGCGACGAUGCUGAGCACUAUGCCUUUGCGCCCUCGUACUGGGCCGCCAGCACCCCGCCGUUGCCCUCGGAUGGCUCGAUUCCGCCUGUCCCUCCGCCCAAGACCACUCCGACAGCGUCGAUAUCCAGCAUGGGUAAGAUAGAUACACUGAUUCAAAGUACACAAGGAAACAUCGAAGUGUAUGAUCCCUGGGUGACCGGCGAGGAGCUUGGCAACGGAUAUGGUGCGUUUCUUGGAACCUUUAGGGGUAGGUUGUGCUUGAGCGCCGCCUACAAUGAUGCCUGGCACAGCAAGGAAGAGACUUUGGAGUUCCUGGGGCGAUGCAAGGACAUUGUUUUUAUGUCCCUGAAUGUUUAG